AUGGAUGUACCAGAGGGGAAUGGAAACCCUUUGGGACAUGGACUCGGUCGAGCUAGGCAAACUCGACCGAUUGGUCAAGGAGAUGCUCCAAACCGCCACCAACAGAGACAAGGGAUUGUUCCACCACCAGUGCAGAACCACAACUUUGAGAUCAAGCUGGGAAUGAUCAACCUUGUCCAGAACAAGAUGUUCCAUGGAUUGCCAAGUGAAGACCCCAUUGACCACCUUGAUGAGUUUGAUAGGCUUUGUGAUUUGACAAAGAUCAAUGGUGUCUCUGAAGAUGCCAUCAAGCUGAGACUCUUUCCUAUGUCUCUAGCUGACAAAGCUCACCAAUGGGAGAAGAGCUUGCCCCAUGGCACAAUCACCACUUGGGAUGAAUGCAAGAAGGCCUUUCUUGCUAAGUUUUUCUCCACCGGUCGCACAGCCAAGCUUAGAGGAGAGAUAUCCAGCUUCAUCCAGCGAAACAAUGAGACAUUCGCAGAGGCUUGGGAGAGGUAUAGGGAGAUGCUAGACACAGCUAGCAAUGGGAACUUCCUCAACCAGGAUGUAGAUGAUGGCUGGCAACUUGUGGAGAACAUAGCUAACUCAAAUGGAAGCUAUGGAGAAGAGUAUGAUCGCACCAACCGGAGCUCGACCCACCACUCGAUCGAGUCAGACGAAAAGUUGAGAAAAGAUGUUAAGGCAUUGAAUGAGAAGUUGGAUAAGCUGAUCCUAGCUCAGUCCACAAUGAAGAAAGUCAACUUUGUGUCUGCUGAGGAGAUGGAACCAGUCCAAGAAGGGGAGGAUACACAAUUUGCUGAGGUAUGCUACAUGAGCAAUGGGCAAGGAGGUUACAACAAAGGAUACUAUAAUUACAAGUCCAACCCUGCCAUGUCAUACCGCAACACUGAUGUUGCUAACCCUCAGGACCAAGUAUAUCCUCAACAACAAGCAGCUCGAUCGAGUCAGCCACAACAUGGGUAUGGUCAAAAGAACAAUUACCAAGGACCACAAGGCACUUUCUCUUCUGAAGUGAUUCACAAGUUCAGAAGAGAUCUCAGUGGGAUUGGAAUUGAGUUGCCUCUAUGGAUAGCAUGA